UGACCCCUGACCCGAUGACGUCAUCCGUCCCUGACUCUCCUCACGUUUUCCCACCGUGACCUCGGAGCCUCCGACUGUCGGUGAACAGAUGCACGCCUCCUCCUAGCAUCAGCUUUAACGACACCCGCUGGGGAAAUCAUCAGAAAUACACUCAAACGACCUGUCGACUCUCAGCGUGGUUAUCCAGCGACCUGUUCUCCACCACCGUGCACACACAGCUGAUCAACCCGACAGAGAGCAGAGGAGAGCCGGCUAGCAGCAGACAUCAUGGCCGCUAUCGAGGAGCUGUCCCCCGCUGCGGGCCCAGUGUCCACCCGGCCUCCAGAGGACGAGAUCGACGACGACGAAGAUGAAGAUCUGGAUGAGACACUGAUGGAGAGGUUGUGGGGCCUGACAGAGAUGUUCCCUGACACAGUUCGCACCGCUGCUGAGGCUUCUGCUUACUGCUCUGUCUCACUGGCCAAGAAGUUUUACAGUUUUUCCCGCUCUGCGCUCUGGGUCGGUACUACCUCCUUCAUGAUCUUGGUGCUUCCUGUUGUGUUCGAGACAGAAAGACUACAGCUGGAGCAGCAGCAGCUACAACAGCAGAGACAGAUCCUGUUGGGUCCCAACACUGGAAUGUCUGGCGGGAUGCCGGGCAUGAUGCCUCCCGCGCCUGGCAAGAUGUGAGACACAGAAAGGGCCAACAUGAAGCUGAGAUCUGCUGCUAGCGAUACAGCGGGGGCCGGUCGCAAGGAGAGACAGAGAGACCACGGAGAAGGGCAAAGAACUUGCAGUUCAACAAAAAAAGAGAAGCAAAAGCAUGACCGGCUCACUCCAACGUAUUGGAUUGGCUGAUGGGAUUAACACUUCUCUCUCACUGUCUCUCCUUACUCCCAACAUCAUGCAGAGACUUAUUUCCAGGAGCACUGCUUCUAUUUUCUUUUUUUUAAAUAAAUACUUAUAUCGACAUAAAUAAUGUGUUCUUUAGGGAAUAGAAGGUACAAGUGGAUAAAUUGAGAGAAAAAAAGGUUACCAAUUUCAUGUCUUGGUGUUUGCAGUCUGAAGAACAUUGCUGUACUAAGUGUGUCGGCAGUUUUGUUCAUCAUCACAAGCUUGCUGGUUCCACCUCUACAUGGAGAAUUAAGUGAGUAGAAUAUCUGACAGAGCGGUCCGAUGCAUUGUGGAGCAUGCUGUAGACACUAUUAAUAGGAAUGUGGUCCACAUGAUGGCCUCUUGAAGUUCUACAACCUAAAUGACACUCUUUUCCUAUGUGCUGCAUUCCUGUUCGUACGUUUGUUAGAGUGCAAUGCCUCUCACUUUAAUUAUUGGUUUUAUUAUAUUGCAAUGGAUUGUAUAAUGCAACAACGCCAGAUUCCAUGCUGUUCAAUGUGUCCUUUUCCAUUGAUAAUAUGUGAAAAGUAAAAUGAUUUUGUCAUUUAGACAACGCACAUGUCAUAAGGUUUUGGGCAAAUGUUGGUUGCGGUGGUUGACUUAAGUUUUGAUGCUUAAAUGUCUCAAUAUUACCCAGACAUGUCCAAUUUGAAGAGAAUGUUAUUUUUCUGUUCUCUGUUGCCAUCCAUGUGAAUUUACAAUCCGUUUCUUCUGUUCAGUAAGCAAACCCGUGUCUCUGUUUUGUGUUCAACAUGACUGCGGCAAUUAAAACACCAAAUCAAGUGGAAA